CAGACGCCUGUUGAGUGUUGUUCCGUUGGAGUUGCAGUUACUUCCACUCGGCAAGUGCAUCAAGUCCGCAUUUUUUCCACCGAGUGCACUUUUUUCGCCUCUUCCGAUUUCGCCAUCAAACCGGCUCGAAUACUCAAUUCGCCAGAAUGGUGGUCGGAGGAAAAAUGAUGAAUGUGCGGGUCACGACGAUGGACGCGGAACUCGAGUUCGCGAUCCAGCAGACGACGACCGGCAAACAGCUGUUCGACCAAGUGGUCAAAACCAUAGGUCUGCGUGAGGUCUGGUUCUUCGGCCUGCAGUACACGGACAGCAAGGGCGAUCUCACCUGGAUCAAGCUCUACAAGAAGGUCAUGGGCCAGGAUGUCAAGAAGGAGAAUCCCCUGCAGUUUAAGUUCCGAGCCAAAUUCUACCCUGAGGACGUCCAAGAAGAAAUUAUUCAAGACAUCACUCUGAGAUUAUUCUACUUGCAAGUGAAAAACGCCAUUCUGUCUGAUGAGAUCUAUUGUCCACCUGAGACCUCGGUUCUUUUGGCCUCCUACGCCGUCCAGGCAAGACACGGCGACUUUGACAAGUCUAAGCACAGUGCCAAAUUCCUCGCCAACGACCGUCUUCUGCCCCAGAGAGUAAUGGACCAGCACAAAAUGUCGCGGGACGAGUGGGACCAGAGCGUAACCACCUGGUGGAACGAACACAAGGGCAUGCUCAGGGAGGACGCCAUGAUGGAGUACCUGAAGAUCGCACAGGACCUUGAGAUGUACGGAGUCAACUACUUUGAGAUCCGCAAUAAGAAGAACACCGAGCUCUGGUUGGGCGUGGACGCCCUGGGUCUCAACAUUUACGAGAAGGACGACAAGCUGACCCCCAAGAUUGGCUUCCCGUGGUCUGAAAUCCGCAACAUUUCCUUCUCAGACCGCAAGUUCAUAAUAAAGCCCAUCGACAAGAAGGCGCCAGACUUUGUCUUCUUUGCCUCAAGGGUGCGCAUCAACAAGCGCAUCCUGGCUCUCUGCAUGGGCAACCACGAGUUGUACAUGCGGCGUCGCAAGCCGGACACCAUCGACGUCCAGCAAAUGAAGGCCCAGGCCAGGGAGGAGCGCCUUGCUAAACAGCAGCAGCGCGAAAAGCUUCAGAUGGAGAUAGCUGCUCGUGAGAAAGCUGAACGCAAACAGCAAGAAUAUGAGGAUAAACUUCGCUCGAUGCAAGAGGAAAUGGAAAAGCGUCAGUCCGAGCUGCUCGAAGCCCAAGAGAUGAUCCGUCGUCUCGAGGAGCAACUGCGCCAGCUCCAGGCGGCUAAGGAGCAACUAGAGCUGCAGCAGAACGAACUUCAGGCCAUGAUGAUCCGGCUGGAGGAGAGCAAGGAAAUGGAGGCCGCCGAGCGGGCUAAGCUCGAGGAGGAGAUCAGGACCAAGCAGGAGGAAGUGUCCAGAAUCCAGAAUGAGGUUGAAACCAAGGAUGAGGAGACCAGGAGGCUGCAACAGGAGGUCGAGGAUGCCCGACAACGCCAGGAGGAGGCUAAGUUGGCGCUCUUGGCUGCCACCACUACUCCCCAGCAUCAUCACCUGGAUGAGAAUGAAGAUGAGAACGACGAAAUUCCCAAUGGUGAUGUGAGUCGUGACCUGGCCACCCAUGAGGGCAUCAUUGACCCCGUUGAGGAGCGGCGAACUUUGGCAGAGAGGAACGAGCGCCUUCACUCACAACUUAAGGCGUUGAAGCAAGACCUGGCGCAGACGCGGGACGAGAGCAAAGAGACGCACAUGGAUAAGAUCCACAGGGAGAACGUGCGACAGGGCCGCGACAAGUACAAGACGUUGCGCGAGAUCCGCAAGGGCAACACUAAGCGCCGUGUCGACCAGUUCGAGAACAUGUAAACCACUCACGUCCACCUGCUGGUGCUCCGAGACACACACUGCUGCAGAAAAACAACUAAACAACACACACAUACACGUAUCUUUCCUAAAGAGAUGCCUUAACAGAAUUUUCGAUGAUGCUCAAUAAUGAUGAUGAGCAGAAUCAUUCUUCUUUAUUGAGAAUUAUAAUUGAUUGAUUAAUAUUAACUCUGAGAGUAGAAGGUCUGUGUGCCUGCGUGCGUGCGCUCAGCUUAACCCGGGUCAGGCUUCCCCCUUCUUCGCUAUUUAUGCUAGCAAGUAAGUUUGCAAUCGUUAGAAUUCUUUUGUACAUUCGCUUAUUCUUCCUGUCAAAGCGCCGCCCGGAUCGAAUUUCCUCCACUUUUGCCCGUCUCUUUUUUUCUGUGAAUAAUGCAUUUAUUUCUCAGCUGAUUUUGUUUUGAAACACGCCGGUUAUUUUAUAAUACAAGUUUUUCUUUCCCCCGUUGAUGAUUAUUAAUAAUAAAGCACCUGAAUUUCUGAUCCGCCAAGCGCUUUGUACAAAAACGUUUCCAGUCGUGCGACAUUCCGUGCGUCGAAUCAGUAUUUUUGCGUUCGCUUGUUCUCAAAAAAGGGAGGCUUCUAAUUAAUCUUUAUCACAUAGAAACUAAGCAACGACUUCAAAGAUGAUGUUACUCACUGUUAUACAAACUGGGGAGAGCCAGACAAAUUUUGGCGUCUUGUCUAAUUUUUUGAUCGUUUUUAAGCAACUGCUUCCGAGACGAAUAUUAUAAAUUAAUGAAGAUUGUUUUUGGUACUAAUCUUUGAAAGACACAAACACUGAUCGUUCCUCUAAAUUUUGUACGCUAAAUCAAUGCUGUUGCAAUUUUGUAUGUUAACGUUUUUAAAAAGGAAAGUUUGUGCUAGCAAUAAACAAAAUAUUUGAUACUGAAUUUUUGAGCGUUGACCGCAAGAUGUGAGCUAGAGAGGCAGAAUUCGCGCCAGUUGUGCCAACGUUUGUUCUGUGUCCUUCCCUGAAUUUAAUAAACCAGUCCAAAAUUUUGUAUUCGAACCAAGAAUCAGUUCGGCUUACUCAAAAGUUUCCAAAAAAUAGGUAUUGUCGGUUAUUGUGCAUAUUUUUACAAGAGAGAAAUAAAAUUGCAUUAUCAAA